GCAAACAAAAAAGAAAAAGGAGGUGAGAUAGAAUUUUUUUUUUAAAAAAUGGGGAUGAUGAUUCUAUCAGCAGCAAGCAGCACUAGUCUGGUGAGAGCUGCUGCUUUAGAUACGAAGCCUAAGCUCCGAUACAAUCCCAAUUCGCCUCGUAGAAACCCUAAUUCUACCUCUUUCGUCCCACCACCACCGUCUUCUCCUGCGGCGACAGUAUUAGCAAGGGGAAGUAACGUCUCUGAUUUGCUCAAAGAAGAGAUUGGUGAUGAUGAGAAAUGGUUUCCAACUCCACCGAAAGUGGAUAAGCCUAGAUCCGUCUUCAAUGCUGCCUCGCUUGCUUACAUUGGCGAUUCCAUCUACGAGAUAUAUGCUCGUCGCCAUUUUCUUUUCCCUCCACUUAGUAUUGAAGAAUAUAACGACCGUGUUCAAGCAGUCGUGCGAUGUGAAGCACAAUAUGCUUUGCUUCAGAAGCUCGUUGAUGAGGAUUUCUUAACUAAAGAUGAAAGAGAGAUACUUCGGUGGGGGAAAAACGUAGGCUCUGUUAAAACAAGGUCAACUAGGCGUGCUGGUGUUGCGGUUUAUAACAAGGCCUCAUCAUUGGAAACACUUAUUGGCUAUUUGUAUCUAGCAAACGGCAAGAGAUUAGAAGAAAUAAUGCAGAAGAUGGGAUUUUCAAGUGGUUCUUCAACAGAGAUAAUGGUUAAGGAGGCCAAGCAAAAGCUAUCAGCUUUAAAAUAAACUUUAUAUAUAUAGCUGUAUCGUUGCAAAUGUUUUAGAACAUCGAAUCCACUUCAUCAAAACGUUAGAAUGUCGUGGUGACGUUUUUGUUCCAACCAAGUCCUAAGAGAGUGUUUGGUGAGAAGGGUCCUCAAAAGACCACGUAAAUGGCCCUAAACCGAACUGAAUCAAUGUAACAACCUAAGUACAUAUCUUUUUUGGGUCGGUCCAAUUCGGU